AAAUUUUAACUUCUGGUCAUUAGGUAUCCGGAAUUUAAGGAGAGAGAGAGGGGGGUAGUUGAGUAGUAAUUGAGUUACAUCUAUGAUCUUUCUUUCAGAAAAGUCAAAACAAAAUAAUCAUUAUUUUCAUCAUCAAAAGCUACGAGCUAGCUAGGCCACAGAUUUUCAUGGAGAAAACAAGGUACAUAGCAGUUAUUCCUGGUGUAGGAUUCAGCCAUUUAGCCCCCAUUCUUCAGUUCUCAAAGCAACUUGUUGAGCUGCAUCCACAUUUUCAUGUCACAUGCAUCGUUCCCUCACUUGGUUCUCUCCCAAGUGCCUCAAAAGCCAUCCUAGAAACUCUUCCACCAAAUUACAUCAACACCAUUUUGCUUCCACCGGUGAACCCUAAUGACCAAUUAUCACAAGAAGACAUUCCCGUACUAGUCAAAAUUCAUCUCACAAUGAGUCACUCCAUGCCAUCUAUACACAAAGCCUUGAAGUCCUUAACUUCUAAGGCUACCCUUGUGGCCAUGGUAGUUGAUUCUUUCGCCUUUGAAGCACUAGACUUUGCUCAAGAGUUCAACAUGUUGUCCUAUGUUUAUUUUCCAGCAGCAGCUACAACACUGUCAACACUCUUGCAUUUGCCCAAGUUGGACGAGGAAAUAUCCUGUGAGUAUAGAGAUUUCUCAGAUCCUAUCAAAGUACCAGGUUGUGUACCAUUUCGUGGUGGAGAUUUCUAUGGUCCAGCUCAAGAUAGAACUAGUCCAGUUUACAAAUUCUUGCUUCAACGUGUUAACCGAAUCCGUCAUGUUGAUGGGAUCUUCAUUAAUAGCUUCUUGGAAAUGGAAACAAGUCCUAUAAGAGCAUUGAAAGAUGAGGAUAAAGGGUACCCUCCUGUGUACCCUGUUGGACCAAUUGUCCAAAGUGGUGAUGAUGAUGCAAAAGGGUUGGACUUGGAGUGUUUAACAUGGUUGGACAAACAACAAGUUGGUUCAGUUUUGUAUGUUUCUUUUGGGAGUGGUGGAACACUUUCGCAAGAGCAAAUAACUGAGCUUGCUUUUGGUUUGGAAUUGAGUAAUCACAAGUUCUUAUGGGUUUUGAGAGCACCGAAUAAUGCAACAUCUGAUGCUGCUUAUCUUGGUGCACAAAAUGAUGUUGACCCUUUGAAAUUCUUGCCUAGUGGGUUUUUGGAGAGAACCAAAGAGAAAGGUAUGGUUGUUCCUUCAUGGGCACCCCAAAUUCAAGUCCUUAGUCACAGUUCGGUUGGUGGAUUCUUGACCCACUGUGGUUGGAAUUCAAUCCUUGAGAGUGUGCUAAAGGGUGUGCCGUUCAUCACAUGGCCACUAUUUGCGGAGCAGAAAAUGAAUGCGGUUUUGCUAAGUGAGGGUCUCAAAGUGGGAGUGAGGCCAAGAGUUAGUGAAAAUGGCUUGGUGGAAAGGGUGGAAAUUGUUGACGUGAUAAAGUGUCUAAUGGAAGGGGAAGAAGGUGCGAAAAUGCGUGAAAGAAUGAAUGAAUUAAAAGAAGAUGCUACUAAUGCACUCAAAGAAGAUGGAUCUUCUACAAAGGCCCUUUCUCAGUUGCCAUUAUAUUGGAAAAUUUUGGCAUGAGGAAACAAGUUUUAUUAAAUGCUUUGGUAGGAUCUUUGCUUUCUUACUUUUCCUGGUUUUUCUGCUUUUGUGAGACACCUAAUAAUUCACUAGAUUCCUUGCAUUAGUGAGCAUUGAAUAUAAUUGCUUGGUCUAGAACGACUGAGCUAAUCACAUUGUAGCAUGCUUAUGCAGCAUUUCAUUAGACAGUUCUCUUGUGUUGGGCUUAUUUUCAACAUUGUGAACCCAUUUUUGGAUUUGCAUGCUAAUUAAUGUGAUUGGUGGGUUGAUAUAUAUGAUGUUGCAUACUUAUAAGUAAGAUUUUAAAUAUCAGUAGUGGUCCCAUUAUGA